UGUAAGAACCCUCUUCCUUCAGCCUGGAGACAUCUGGAGAAAUAACGAUGGAAUCAUUUGCUUAAAUGUGUCUAAACGCACAGGGCUUCAGAAGACCUAAAUCAGAGCAGCUCAAUGAAUCCUCAGAGGGAUUUCAGCGCUGAUGAAGAUGAACUUUGGGACAGUGGUGAUCUCUGCGGGUCUGUGCGGUCUGCUCAGCUUCAUCCUGCUCGCCGUGUCCAUCGCCACUGAAUACUGGUACAUUAUAGAAGUGGAUGAUGAGAAGAACUCCAGCCUGGACUACAGCAGCUCUCACUCCGGACUCUGGAGGAUAUAUGAAGUUAUCAUGACAUCUCGUUUCUACACGGACUCGUCCGAACACACCGAGCAGGAGAAGCACCUUUUGAACCUGCACAGGGUCAUCGUGGUCCUGCUGCCUCUCAGUCUGGUGCUGCUGGUCUUUGGUGGGAUCUUCGGUCUGGUGGCGUCUUUGGCUCAGAGCUGCACUCUUCUCACCUGCAUCGCUGCAUACUUCUUCAUCUGCAGUCUGUUGACGGUGUCCGGUGUGAGCAUCUAUAUCAGUUACUCUCAGCAGGCUUUGGAGGAGCUGCAGCUCAUGGUGGAUAUUGAGUCACUGUCUCACGUCCACAUGUCCUUCGGCUGGUCUCUGGUCAUGGCCUGUCUGUCCUUCUGUCUGGAGCUGCUGACGGGGAUCCUGCUCAUGUUAGCGGCCCGUCUCAUCCACCAUCAGUGCCACCAUGAGCCUGCUGCGGUGCUAUCUAUUAGCCAGAGCUCACCACAGCUUCUGAGACUGCAGUGAGGAUGAUCGUUUCAUCUAUACAGACAAAUCAAGAGAUGGGUUUGUGCUGUGCCGGGGUCGCAAAUGAGACAGCUGCAUCAAUUAUUGAACGAGAGUGCUCAGGCUGCAAAAUUUGUCUGCAUCAUUCCAGUUUGGGAGUUCAGUCACA